AUGGUUGUGGGGAAUUUUAUGCUUACUUGUGUAUUCAUAUCACUAGAGGACUUUGAGGUUCUUGGUCGAUGCAGAAUGGAAUGUGAAGGACUUUAUACGAUAUGCAUCAAGGACCAAACACUUACCACUGAGAGUGCAGAAAGGGUCAUUGGAUGGGCUCUAAGCCAUCAUUUAAUGCAGAAUCCUGAAUCUAAUGCUGAUUCAGGGCUUGGUCUGUGCAGCGAGAGCAUCCAGUAUGGCAUUGGGAUCUUGCAGGCUAUUCAGAACGAGUCUAAGAGCUUGAAAAAGUCACUCAAGGAUGUUGUAACUGAAAAUGAAUUUGAGAAAAGGCUUCUUGCUGAUGUCAUUCCCCCAAGUGACACAUUUGAUGACAUCAGAGUUCUUGAAAAUGUCAAAGAUACAUUGAAGGAGCUAGUCAGGCUUCCUCUACAGAGGCCUGAACUUUUCUGCAAAGGGCAAUUAACGAAGCCUUGCAAGGGCAUUCUUCUGUUUGGUCCCCCUGGAACAGGCAAGACUAUGCUUGCGAAGGCUGUGGCUACUGAAGCUGGUGCAAAUUUUAUCAACAUUUCCAUGUCAAGUAUCACAUCCAAUUGGUUUGGUGAGGGCGAGAAGUAUGUGAAAGCUGUUUUCUCACUUGCCAGUAAAAUUGCCCCCAGUGUUGUAUUUGUUGACGAAGUUGAUAGUAUGUUGGGCCGGAGGGAGAACCCAGGGGAGCAUGAGGCCAUGCGCAAGAUGAAAAAUGAAUUUAUGGUCAACUGGGAUGGCUUACGGACUAAAGAUACAGAAUGAGUACUGGUACUUGCAGCCACAAACAGACCUUUCGACCUGGAUGAGGCAGUCAUCCGUAGGCUGCCUCGCCGAUGCUCCAAAUAGAGCAAAAAUUUUGAAAGUUAUACUGGCAAA